AUGAGAGCCACCGUGCCUGGCUCACAGUGCGCUGUGUGUUCCCGGUGGCCUGGUGUGUUUCCUUGGCUUGUAACUGUACUUUUUGAUCUCAGAACCAUUCUGGUGAAACUGGUGAGCCAAGCCGGCACAGGUUUCUCCUUCAACCACAAGAGAAGCCGACUCCGAGAGAAGCUGAGCCUUCUGCACUAUGAUCCAAUAGUGAACAAAAAAGUUCUCUUCGUGGAACAGAAAAAAAUACGCUCCCUCUGAGCAGUGGAUUGAAAAUGAAUUUGACUCAUAAAUGAGAAGACCAAGGGUGAGACACCGAUUCAGAACUCGGAGGUGUGCACUGAAGACAAAACCACAGCAUGGCCUCCAGUGAGGCGAAG